AUGGCUAAGGUAAAAAAACUUCAGGUGACAGCAGAUGCUGGCGAGGAUGCGGAGAAAGAGGAACACACUCUCCAUUGUUGGUGGGAUUGCAAACUGGUACCACCACUCUGGAAAUCAGUCUGGAGGUUCCUCAGAAAAUUGGACAUUGAACUACCUGAAGACCCAGCAAUUCCACUCUUGGGCAUAUACCCAAAGGAUGCUCCAACAUACAACAAAGACACAUGCUCCACUAUGUUCAUAGCAGCCUUAUUUAUAAUAGCCAGAAGCUGGAAAGAACCCAGAUGCCCUUCAACAGAGGAAUGGAUUCAAGAAAUGUGGUACAUCUACACAAUGGAGUAUUACUCAGCUAUCAAAAACAAUGACUUCAUGAAAUCCAUAGGUAAAUGGAAUGAACUAGAAAAUAUCAUCCUGAAAAAUCACGCAGAUCUAAUUAAAAAGUUAAAAGUAAGAAAAAAAGAAAAACUAGAGCUCCUAAGCUACGUGUCUCUACGCUCUCAAACCGCCAUUCCACAAACAUGGAUCAGGUAAUGCAGUUUGUGGAGCCAAGUGGGCAGUUUGUGAAGGAUUCAAUUUGGCUGGUUAAAAGACGCACCAAACCUGAUAGAAAAGAAUUCCAGAAGAUCGCCAGGGCCACAGCGAUCGGAUUCGUUAUCAUGGGGUUCAUCGGCUUCUUUGUGAAACUGAUCCAUAUCCCCGUUAAUAACAUUAUUGUGGGUGGCUGA